AUCUGGUGUCAUUUCAAAGUCCAGAUUGCUAAAUUGUCGAAAAUGGCAAAAGUUGACCUCGCCAAAGUUGGGAAGAAUUUACUGAAGAGCGCUGAGAGUGGAAAGACCUUGGAACUCCAGUCUCUUUGGCAGAACCAGCCGGUGGUCUUGUUCUUCCUGCGCAGGUUCGGCUGCCAGGUGUGUCGAUGGAUGGCGUCAGAGAUCAGCAAACUGGAGCCUGACCUGAGGGCCGGUGGCAUCUCGCUGGUGGGAGUGGGGCCAGAGGAGUUUGGGAUGCAAGAGUUCAAGGAAGGAGGGUUUUUUAAAGGAUCUAUUUAUGUGGACCAAGAAAAGAAGUGUUACAAGGAUUUGGGUUUUAAGCGGUACACAGCUUUAAGUGUGAUUCCUGCUGCUCUGGGAAAGAAAGUACGAGAUAUCUCUUCGAAGGCGAGUGCUGAAGGAAUCCAGGGAAAUUUCUCUGGAGAUGUGCUCCAGAGCGGAGGCAUGCUCAUUGUAGCAAAAGGUGGAGAAAAGGUGCUAUUGCAUUUCAUCCAGGAUUCACCGGGAGACCUCGUUCCUUUGGAGGACAUCUCCAAGGCUCUCGGUAUCUCAGCCACAGUAAAAGCUGGACAGAAGCCGGUGUGCAACGAUGACGUUUGUACACGAUGAUGGAGGAACUUCAGCUUAAUUUUAUGCAUUCCUGCCGCCAACAUUAAUGUUUCUAAAUGAAGAUUAAAUCACUACAAAGGCUUUUGCUAUCUUUGGUACCUUUUUAUAAAAUUGAGUGUACAUACAGCAGAAGUUUCAUCUUUUUAUGGAUGUUUCAAUUCUUUGUCUUUAAAAAAAAAAAAACGUUUUGGAAAUGUAAAUUUUGAUUUGCAGUUAAUCAAUCAUGAUUAUGAAUUAUUUGUAAGUCUUUGAACAAUGUUGAUCCGGUUUAGCAAGAACAUGCAUGCUUGCUUGUAAGGUUAAACAUGGGAAAAGUCAUAUAAAAAACACUGCUUUCAAUUUGAAGGUUUUACCUUCCGGUGUUCUUUCAUUGGCCCGUUUGACUCGGUCCAGAUUUAGCCCGAGAAAAGAUUUUCAAACUUGGUCUGUUUUAGUCUAUCUGACCUGUCAAAGAAUGAUGACUCUUCACCUUUUAUGUUUAAAACACGUCAAAAUGCAGUUUAGGUCGCUGCCUAGUUGUUUUUUCAAAUAUAAAGUUUAAAAACGCUUCCAUAUUUGGAAUCCAUCAUUCAGCAGUGAGAAACAUUAUUCAAGUGGAAAACAUUUAAAACGGUUGCCAAUAGUCCUGCAAAUUUAUUCCAAGACCAGGCUGUGCAAAGCUCAGAGAAACAAGUAACUGCAUCUUGCACCUGAACUUUGCAGGUUUCAGUGAGCAUGGUAAGUGUCAAAGUUUAUGAUGAAUUAAAACAAAAAGGUGAAGGUUGUAUUUAACUUAUAGACUGGGUGAAGACUCCCACUAGGGGAGUUUUUUUUACCUGCCAUUGUUUGUUAUGUUUAUGUAAUAAUUGCUCUGGAGUCAUGUUCUGGGUCUCUGGAAGGCGCCUAGAGACAACUUCUGUUUUAAUAGACGCUAUAUAAAUAAAAAAGAAAUUGAAUUGAUUUGCGGACAAGAUGAUUGUUUAUUAUUAUGUGUGGAUAUGUAAAACGAUAAUAAAAAAAUGUACAAUCUUAACACAAGACUGUACCUCAUUUUGUCACGUCCACUGGAUCUAAUGUCUAC